CAUACCUGUACUGACCAGACUUUCGGUCUGAUUCGUCAAUCUGCAUGGCCAGUUCGAUGUCCUUGCAACGUACCUGUCACCCUGAACCACGCCCAACACUUCCUCACUCCCGAUACGAGCGCUCUGAUUACAAGAAGAGUUAAGGAAUGGUCAAUCCCUGGUGAGCAAAGAUUGUGGUGUGUCAACAGCCCCUGUAACACACUACUAAUCCGUACUCCAGGCGUCAAACAAAAUAUCCCCUGCACCGACUGCUCUUUCCAAACCUGCAGCAUCUGCAGACAACUCGGUCACGAAGGUAAUUGUCAGAUCGAGGAAACCACUCAACAGACUCUAGCCACCUCUGAUGCUCAAAAGUACAAAAGGUGCCUCAAGUGUGAUCAAAUGAUCGAGCUCAAUACUGGCUGUCAACACAUCACUUGUGAUGAGUGCUCGUAUGAGUUCUGCUAUCUGUGUGGUCAG